AUGGAGCACUGCAUUUAUCCUCUGCUUUAUUACAAAGGAGAGACCUGGCCGAGGGCAGAGGCCGCCUCUAGCAAGGGCCGGCCCCACUUGAGCCCCGGUGCAAGAGGGACCGUUGUUGACCUGUCAGGAGUCGCCUCCGCGGCCGCCCCGGGCCCGUUCGCGCUGCAGAUCCCCCCGCCGCAGCCUGCUCUGCCGUACUCCAGCAGCGACAUUGUUCAUCCCAUCAAGGUUGACGAGAGCGGAUUGUUUCUGUCCUACGAUUUGUCCCACCGAGCACUUCACCGAAGGUCUCCUUCCUCCAGGAGCAAGUUUCUCACGUUCUAUGAACUGCAUUACAAAGGACAACCCCUGAAAUUCAACCUGAGCCUCAACAGCAACCUCCUGGCACCCGGGUUCCUCAGCGAGAGGCGAUACGGGGGGAUCGCUAACGCCAAGAUCCAGUCUCACGCUUACAACUCCUGCCAUAUGAUCGGGGAGGUUCGGAGCCGGGCGCUGAAGGGAGGCCUGGCCGCGCUCAGCACGUGUGACGGCCUGAAAGGCGUGUUUCGGCUCAUGAACGAGGACUAUUUCAUCGAACCAGUGUCCACCAGCUUUCGAGAGGAUGGAGCAGCGCAGCCCCACAGGAUAUACAAGCGCCAGGCGCCCGAGCAUGGGACAGAGCAAGGCAGGAGGCCACUGGCUCCACAGGAAACCUGUGGCAUGCAAGAAUCUCAGGAAAGCCUGGAGAGGUCUGAGAAGCGGAGGGAAAGAUGGGAACAGAAGCAGCACAGGAAGAGAAGAAUAAAGCAGCGCUCCAUCAGCAAGGAGAAGUGGGUGGAAACGCUAGUGGUGGCAGACACCAAGAUGAUAGAAUACCACGGGAGUGAGAACAUAGAGAAGUACGUGCUGACCGUGAUGAACAUGGUGGCGGGUCUGUUCCACCACGCCAGCAUUGGGAACCCCAUCAACAUUGCGAUAGUGCGACUCAUCCUGCUGGAGGAUGAAGAGGAGGAUCUGAAAAUCUCCCACCAUGCAGACAACACCUUGAAAAGCUUUUGCAAAUGGCAGAAGAGCAUCAACGUUAAAGGAGAUUCCCAUCCCCUGCAUCAUGACGUCGCAGUCCUGCUCACAAGGAAGGACAUCUGCGCAGCGAUGAACAGACCCUGCGAGACCCUGGGUCUGUCCCAUGUGGCGGGGAUGUGCCAGCCCCACAGGAGCUGCAACAUCAAUGAGGACACAGGACUGCCCCUGGCCUUCACCGUGGCUCAUGAGCUCGGACACAGUUUUGGGAUUCAGCAUGAUGGAAGCAGCAAUGACUGUGAGCCAGUUGGGAAAAGACCUUUCAUCAUGUCUCCACAGCUCCUGUAUGACACGUCCCCACUCACCUGGUCCCGCUGCAGCCGGGAGUACAUCACACGAUUCCUCGACCGGGGCUGGGGGCUGUGCCUGGAUGACCCCCCUGCCCGGGAGGUGCUGGACUACCCCUUGGUGCCGCCGGGCGUCCUCUACGACGUGGGCCACCAGUGCCGGCUGCAGUACGGCGCCUACUCCACCUUUUGCGAUGACAUGGAUAGCGUCUGCAACACGCUGUGGUGCACAGUGGGGAACACGUGCCACUCCAAACUGGACGCUGCCGUUGACGGCACGGCGUGCGGGGAGAACAAGUGGUGCUUCAACGGCGAGUGCGUGCCCGUGGGUUACCGUCCUGACGCGAUCAACGGCGGCUGGGGCUCCUGGAGCUCGUGGGCUGCCUGCUCGCGCAGCUGUGGUGCGGGCGUGCAGAGCGCGGAGAGGCAGUGCAGCAGCCCCACGCCGAAGUAUGGGGGCAAGUACUGCCUGGGGGAGCGGAAGCGGUUCCGGAUUUGCAACGUCAGACCGUGUCCCCCCGACAAGCCCUCCUUCCGCCAGGUCCAGUGCAGCCAGUUCAACCCCAUGCUCUACAAAGGGAAACUCUACAGGUGGACACCGGUGCCCAACAACAUUAACCCCUGCGAGCUGCACUGCCGGCCAGAGGAUGAAUACUUUGCAGAAAAGCUGCGGGACGCCGUCAUCGAUGGGACGCCAUGCUAUGAGAUGAACGCCAGCCGCGACAUGUGCAUCAAUGGUAUUUGCAAGAACGUGGGCUGCGACUACGAGAUUGACUCCAACGCGGUGGAGGAUCAGUGCGGCGUCUGCCACGGGGAUGGCCCCCCCUGCCACACCGUCAAGAAGACCUUUGAGGACAGCGAGGGGCUGGGUUACGUUGAUAUCGGGAUUAUCCCCGUGGGAGCCCGGGAGAUCCGGAUUGAAGAAGUUGCAGAAGCUGGGAAUUUUCUGGCACUGCGGAGCGAGGACCCGGAGAAGUAUUUCCUGAAUGGCGGCUGGACCAUCCAGUGGAUAGCGGGGACCACCUUCACCUACAAGAGGACAGGGAACUGGGAGAACCUCACCUCCCCGGGGCCCACCGUGGAGCCCGUGUGGAUCCAGCUGCUGUUUCAGGAGACCAACCCCGGCGUGCGGUACCAGUACACCAUCCAGCGCCCAGCAGACAGCGAGAACGAGAUCGAGCAGGCGGAGUUCCUCUGGCGCUUCGGCUCCUGGACCACGUGCACCGCCACCUGCGGGACCGGGGUGCAGCGGCAGAUCGUGCACUGCGUGGAGAAGCUGGCCGGCAUCGUGGAGGAGCGGUACUGCGACGCGCUCACCCGCCCCAAUGACCAGCAGAGGACAUGCAACGAGGAGCCCUGCCCGGCCAGGUGGUGGGUCGGCGAAUGGCAGAAAUGCUCGGCCACCUGCGGCCAGUCAGGGCUGAUGAAGAGGACGGUGCUCUGCAUCCAGAGCGUGGGGCUGGACGAGCAGAGGGCCUUGCAGCAAGCAGACUGCCAGCACCUCUCCAAGCCAGACACCACCGCGCCCUGUCACCGGGAGGUCCCCUGUCCCUCCCAGUGGGCCGUGGGGAACUGGUCCGAGUGCUCCGCGACUUGUGGAAACGGGACACAGAGGCGUCCUGUUUACUGCAGCAACAGCACUGGAGCUGCUUGUGACCCUGCAGAAAGACCCAGCUCGGCAACUAUUUGCUCCGUGCUGCAGUGCCAGGAGAAAUUAGACAACGCCAACAUGGACUGGUCUGGCAGUGGGUCAUCCAGCAGAGAGAUAUUUAAUGAAAUACAUUACAUCCCCAGCAACCAAAUUGCUAAAUUUAACCCCUUAAUUCCAAAUAUUCCGGAGUCCAGUGAUGUCAAUAUCAUCACCGAGGAGGACUUCUCAGCCAGAAAGGGAAAUGUCUUUGUUGAUGAUUUUUACUACGAUUAUAAUUUUAUCAACUUCCAUGAGGAUCUGUCUUACUAUCCCUUCACGGAGAAAGAGACCAAAGGCGAGGGGCAUAAGCCAGAGCUGAGCACCAACGACGUGGAGGGGUCCCAUGCAAUACCCACUGAUGUCCUGCACACCAUCAAGCUGGGAGAAGGAGCAAGUGAGGACCAUCUGGUGACCAGUGAAGCAAACACUUCUGCUCCUGUGCACGGUGAAGGAGAGACGGAGCCUGGGGGUUUAGCCAUGAAUGACCUCCUCAGCAUGGUCCCUGAGGAUGUGGGGACAACCACUCCCGACCACACCAUCCCUCACCUCUCAGCUGAGCCGGAGAACGCAACACUUGUGCCCCACUCUGAGGACCACCCGCCCACACAGAGCACCACGAGUCAUGACUCUGCAAACAGCCACAACCACCCACCCCUGGAUGAACGCCCAGGAGCCGUGCCGACAAGGACCGGUCCUGGGCAGGACGCUCCAGCCAGCAGCCUUGCUUCCUGGACUCCUUACCCAGCUGAUCCCUCCCCACCGCUGCCCACUGGCAGGGGCAGUGCUGGUGCAGCUGAUGCGUCCGACAGUCUGGGAGAGCCAGGGAGCAGCGGUGAGGGGCAUACAAGCACAGAGGGGCUGGGUAACACUGGCACUGAGGAGCAUGACGUGUCCGGCUCUGCAGGGAGAGGCCGUGAAGACUCAAGGCAAAUGGGUCUUGUCAUCACUGGUAAUGCUAACAAUGCUGCCCCCAAGACCAAGGAGCAGGAAGGGUGGGCAGAAAUGCCGGAGGGGAUGGCAGGCACGCACUCAGCGCCGGUGGCUGACAAGCAAGCCCAUGGGACAGAAAAGGCAGAUCUUUCCUUCCCCACUGCACAGGGACCCGGGGGGGAGAUGGGAAGGAGUGCUGGCAGCACCCAUCCCACUGCGAGUCCCUAUCCUGUUGGUGCUGACAGGGGCCCUGUGGGGCAGGCAGGGCACCAGCCAGAGCUCCGCACCCCCGUGUCCCUGACCUUGGCCCCCUUGGUGGCCACUACAGCUUUUCCAGCAGCAGUGUCCUUGUCCCCCACCAUGCCUGGGCCAGCCACCCAGCUCACCUCCAGCGGCCUCACCCAGCAAGAUGCCCUGGCACCAGCUGUGCCCACAGCCCCGGCUCACAGCCCUCUUGUGCACCCGGCAGGAGCAUCGCCCUCCGAAUCCCCUCCAGUGUGGUGGACCGUGGGGGUGUCCCACCACCCAGAGACAGCAUCACCCCGUGCACAGCAGACCUCCCAUGGGGCCCCGCUCAGCAGCACCACGCCAGGAGAGCACUUGCCGUGGGCAACCCCAGGGACAUUUACUUUCAGUGAUGGGGAGCAUGAGUUAUCCCAGCCCACUUCCCUGCCGCUCUGGGAGAAGGAAGAGAUGGAGAAGGAGGAGGCUUUGCUUCUGCCAUCGACCACCAUGGCAGCCACUGUGAUGCCCAGCUGGGAGGUUGGGAACUGGAGUGAGUGCUCAGCCACCUGCGGCGUGGGCGCGAUCUGGAGGACCGUACGCUGCAGCACCGGCAGCGACGACGGCUGCGCCGCUGCGAACAAACCCGUCCCUGCUCGGAGGUGUUCCCUGAGACCGUGUUCAUCGUGGCGCAUGGGGAACUGGAGUAAGUGCUCCAGGAGCUGUGGUGGGGGGAUGAAGGUUCGGGACGUGCAUUGUGUCGACACCAGAGACCAGAGGCUCCUACGGCCCUUCCACUGCCAGGCUGUCCUCUACAAACCGCCCGCGCAGCUCCCCUGCCAGAGCACACCGUGCCUGGACUGGUACACAUCCUCCUGGAGAGAGUGCUCAGAGUCGUGUGGUGGCGGGGAGCAGGAGCGGCUGGUGACAUGCCCGGAGCUGGGCCGCUGCGAGGAGGCGCUACGGCCCAAUGCCACCCGGCCCUGCAACACGCACCCCUGCACCACCUGGGUGGUGGGCUCCUGGGGAGAGUGCACGGCUCCCUGCGGCGGGGGCAUCCAGCAGCGCCAGGUCAAGUGCAUCAACACCAAGACGGGGCUGGCCGAGGAAGACAGCAGCCUCUGCGACCAUGAGCCCUGGCCCGAGAGCACGCAGAAGUGCAACCUGCAGGACUGCGAGAGCUCUGAAUCGGGCUUCGUCUGCGAGCGUGACCGCUUGACUUUCGGCUUCUGCCAGACCCUGCGGGUCCUGGGAAGGUGCCACCUCCCGACGGUCCACUUCCAGUGCUGCCGAAGCUGCCGCCAGCACGGCUUUAAUGUGUUUAUCAACAACGAAGAAGUUGAAUGA